UCGCGAAUAAAACGCAGAAACACGCAGCACUGCGCUCGUGCCUGCGCUUUUUGUAUCGUGGGAUUUACCUUGAACGAAAAUACAAGUGUUGGGAAAAAGACUAAAGAGUCAAAGUGAACAGUGUCAACAGUUCGUACGAGUUUCACAAUGUUUGAUUCGUCUGCUCGAUGAUUUUUUAUUCGUAACCGCAGUUAUUUUUCAUCCAAAAUUUAUCGUACUCGAAGCGGCAAAGUGCGUGUUUCAUUCGGUUGAACCGUUCCUUUUUUCCAUUAAUUUUUUUUUAAUAUUGUUUUUUUAUAAUUGUUUCGCGGAAAGCGCGUGUGAUAUGUCCGGGACAGGCGGUGCUGCGGCAAAUAUGUCAUUAGUCGCCGCCCUUGCCGCUACAGCGACAACAAAAACUACAGUUUUGGCUAAAACCGUACGUAAAAAUGAGGAUUACGUCGACAAAUUCGAGGACGAUGAAGACUGGAGAUUACCCAUUGCCUUCAAUCGGCCAAGACAUACCGCUGUUAUCGAGGGUGUCAAUUGUGUCAGCCAGUCCUGGAGAAUGAAAGAGCGGAUGAAGACCGUGAGUGUAGCUCUCGUCUUGUGUUUAAACGUUGGAGUCGAUCCACCAGACAUUGUGAAAACUCAACCAUGUGCCCGUCUAGAGUGCUGGAUUGAUCCCUUAUCGAUGAGUCCUCAAAAAGCACUUGAGACAAUAGGCUCGAAUUUACAGAAGCAAUACGGACGUUGGCAGCCUCGAGCGAGGUACAAGCAAAGUUUAGAUCCGACUGUGGAGGAAGUAAAAAAGUUGUGCACUUCAUUGAGGCGUAACGCCAAAGAAGAAAGAGUGUUGUUUCAUUACAAUGGUCAUGGGGUUCCAAAACCCACGAGCAACGGAGAAAUAUGGGUUUUCAACAGAACGUACACACAGUACAUUCCAUUGUCAGUGUAUGAUCUCCAGGCUUGGAUGGGAGCGCCGAGUAUUUACGUUUACGAUUGCUCGAACGCGGGUAUAAUAGUUGAAUCGUUUCAGCAAUUUGCUGAGCAGCAUGAGAAGGAGUAUGAGAUAGAAAAGCAAGCCGUACAGCAGAAUCGAGCGAGUGGUGUCGCCGGGAUCGCAACGUUGUCGUACAAAAAUUGUAUCCAAUUGGCAGCUUGUGCAGCGAACCAAAUAUUGCCAAUGAAUCCAGAUUUACCGGCUGAUAUUUUCAGUUCGUGUCUAACGACCCCCAUAAAAAUAGCAUUACGCUGGUUUGUGAUGCAAAAUACGACAAAAUUGGUUCCCAAAAUAUCGUUGGAUCUCAUUGACAAAAUUCCUGGACAACUCACGGAUAGGCGGACCAUGCUUGGAGAACUCAAUUGGAUAUUCACCGCUAUUACCGACACGAUAGCCUGGAACACUCUGCCUCGAGAUCUAUUCCAAAGACUAUUUAGACAAGAUUUGUUAGUCGCUAGUUUAUUCAGGAAUUUUUUGCUGGCUGAGAGAAUCUUGCGUUCUUACGACUGUACUCCAGUCUCGUGUCCGAAAUUGCCACCGACUUAUCAGCAUCCGAUGUGGCAAGCUUGGGACUUGGCACUCGAUCUAUGCCUCGCUCAACUACCAACGAUCCUUGAUUCGGAGGAUCAAUUCGUGCAUUCCCCAUUCUUCGAGGAACAAUUAACCGCGUUCGAAGUUUGGUUAACGCUGGGUUCGAAAAAUCGCAACCCACCGGAGCAGCUGCCAAUAGUGUUGCAAGUUUUGCUCAGUCAAGUUCACAGGCUCAGAGCGCUCGAGUUACUCGGUUGUUUCCUCGACUUAGGACCUUGGGCGGUUAAUUUGGCUCUGAGUGUAGGAAUAUUUCCAUACGUGCUUAAACUUCUUCAGAGCAAUGCCCGAGAAUUACGACCUCUUUUGGUCUUUAUUUGGGCCAAAAUAUUGGCCGUUGACAGCACUUGCCAGGCAGACCUCGUACGAGAUAACGGACACAAAUAUUUUCUGUCUGUUUUGCAAGACGUUUCCAUGCAGAGCGAGCACAGGACUUUGGCUGCUUUCGUUUUGGCGAGCGUUGUUAAUAAUUAUCCAGCCGGUCAAGAAGCGGCUCUUCAAGGCAGUCUAGUCUCGAUUUGCCUCGAACAACUCGGUGAUUCGAAUCCUCUCUUACGACAGUGGUUGUGCCUCUGCCUCGGUCGGUUGUGGCACAAUUAUGAUAAAGCAAGGUGGUGUGGAGUUCGUGAUAUCGCACAUGAAAAACUUUACAAUUUGCUACAAGAUCCCGUGCCCGAGGUACGAGCAGCAAGCGUUUAUGCCCUGGGAACGUUUAUCAAUAGUGUUACAAAACGAAGCGAGCAUGCGAAUAACAUCGAUCAAAUCAUAGCAAUGACUCUCAUUAAUACCGUCAGUCAUGACAUGAGUCCACUAGUCAGAAAAGAACUCGUAGUAGCUCUACAAUGGAUGGUUUUACAUUUCGAGAAUUCUUUCGUAACUCUUGCAUUCGCUGAGGAAAGUAGCAGACGAGACCUCGUUGUCGAAACUCUGUCGCCGUUCAGUGGUAUGCGACGAAUCGGCUCGCGUGACAGACUCAAGAUUCUUGGACCGAGCAACACCUACACGGCUGACACGAUUGACGGAUUUGGACAAGAUCGUAUCAAGCGAGUAUCGUCCUCAUCGUCGAUAAGCAGUUUAGGAAAUAAUUGGGAGUUCGUGAGGAAACCAUGCGAAUCUCUCGGUCACAGCUCUUUAGGUAAUUUGCCGAGUCUCUCGUACGGCAGUGUUUACAUGAAACUGUGGUACGGUCUCUGUAGCUUAGACAACGAUCCUCAUCCCAUCGUAGCAUCGAUGUCACAAAAAGUCACGAAUCACAUACGCAACCAGGUCAAAGAAUCAUCGGCCCCGAAGGAAGUCACCGAAGCGAAAAUUUCUUCGUCUUUGUCGUUGCCUCCAUCGCCCUCGAACCGCACUAGUUACCUCGGCAAGGGAGAAUCACCACCGACGGUUAACUCGACUACUGAUAUACUUCGUACUUCGCGGAUACCUUCUCAUACAGCGAGAUCGCGCAAACUCAUUCCGAAUACGAUAUCGGAGGAAGCGGAUGAGCUACCGGGCACGAAGAACCCUUUGACAACUUCGCAAUUCGUCGAAUGGAGUUGUUCUCAAUUUGCUCAGCCGGUGAGUUUUGAGAAUGAGACAGAGUCAACGAGUGACGUUGAAAGCAGAGCCCACUACGAGCGAGAAUGGCGUUAUCUGCGAAACAAGAGGCAGCGUCGUGACGCGCGCGAGGAACAACAAAAAGCCGUUCACUCGAGAAUCGAGUCGCAAAUAUUCCACAAUCGCGUACCUCAGCCACCGGAAGUGUUGGUUUUUCAUCCGUUUGAUCAUCAUCUCGCGGUUGCCGCGAAAGAUUCUUUCGGUAUUUGGGAUUGGCAAACUGGACACAAGCUCACUUAUUGCACGAGCCGUGGCAGCAAACCCUCGAGGUUAACCGCUCUUGAGUUCAUUAAUUCUCAUGACGUCUCUUUGCUGAUGGCAGCUUCGGAUGACGGUGCAGUCAGAAUAUGGAAAAAUUAUUGCAACAUGCUCGGACGUGAUCCCGUUCUAUUGACCGCUUGGCAAGCUUUGGCGGAUGUUCAACCAGCUCCGAAAGGAUCGACCGCUUCAGCUGGACUUGUUACGAGCUGGGAACAAAGAUCAUUGACUCUCGCUGUAAGCGGGGAUGCUCGGGUGAUAAGACUUUGGGACGCUGAAACCGAGUUGAAGAAGCAAGAUUUACCAACGGGUGCUGAUUGUUGUGCGACUUGCCUCGAUACCGAUGGUUUUGGAGCGACGAUGGUCUUGGGUUGUGGCGACGGUUCGGUGCGUCUUUUCGAUCGACGACUCUCGCCCAUCGAGUCAAGGGUCUCACUCUGGCGAGAGCACAACGGAUGGGUCCUCGGUGCUCGUUUCCUCAAAAGUGGUUCUGGCCCACCUUGCCUUAUAACCGCUUCCUCAUCCGGUGACAUCAAAAUAUUUGAUCUUCGAAAGAAUACUUCGUUGAGCACUGUACAUACGUCACAGGUCAUCACUUCAUUCGCCGUGCACGAUGAUGCUAAUAAUUUUGCGUGCGGCUCCAUGAAUCAUUGUAUAAGUGUGUACAAUACAUCAGGACAGCAUCUGAACACGAUAAAGUUUCACGAGGGCUUUAUGGGCACGAGGAUCGGUCCAGUGGGUUGUCUAGCCUUCCAUCCUCACCGUGUGAUACUUGCAGCGGGUUGCGUCGACAGUUCAAUAACCGUUUUUGCCGCAGAACCACGGAGAUGACUGUCCGAGAUGGAGUUCGUUAACGGUUACGAUCUCAGACUCUGAAUUUUAUGAUAAUAGUAAAACAAACAAAAAACCGAAAAACAACAAAAAAAAAGUAUCGUUUUAAUAACAAUGUAUCGCUCGUUACUUCGCUAAUACUCGCGACGAUAAUCGUUCGUAAUAUUAAUACCAGCCUCGCAUCAAUGUCACGGUUUUUCAGUGGCUCCUGAGCGAAUCAGUGUCAUUUAAAAAGCAUAAACAAAAAUAAUAUCAUUUUCUCAUUUGUCCUUCUUAAUUGAGAACAGUGCAAAAGUUCCAAAAUUUUUUUCUCCGGCACUGAUUCGAACAGGAAGCGAUUGAAAUAUUUCUUCGAUUAUUUCCGUCUCACUUCUACCCUUGGAUUCUCGUCAGAAUGCUGCGAAAAACGCUUGAGAGCUCAUUCGAUUCGGCUGUUGCGAAAAUUUCACAGCUUCCGCGCUUUCCGAAAAUAUUUAUGAAACGUCAGAUUUUCGGAUUAGUAAUUUUCAUUCAAAUCUUCACCUCGUGUCUGUAAAUUAAUGAAAUUUUCGUAAUAAUUGACCAUUGAGCGAACGUGGGUUUCUGGAAAUUUCGAAAAAUCGAAUUCUUCGAUGUAUCAUCAAAUCUGUGACAUAAUCAUUGUUUUAUGGGUCAGGAUCCGUUUUCCUUGAGCAUCGAGCUGAGUUUUUAUUUUAAAGAAUAAAUUUACGAAAAGUCAAUAUACAAUACUACCAGUUUUUACGGAAAAUCUCACUUUUUAGUUGUUGAUUAAACUUUUAAUUUUGGAACAUUGGAAAAAUCUCCGAUACCUUCGAAUAAUAAUUAUCUUGAAUUUAUGAAAAAACCAGAUCGUGGAGGAAUUAACGGUUGAAAAUGAUGAGCGUUGAAAAAAUUAAUAUUUUCGUUAUACACGACGAACUUCCGAAUACUUUGCUUUCGAAUAUUCGCAGAAGUACUUAACCUACCGAACGUACAAAAGCUCGAUUUUUCGAGAAUUUCAACGAUACCCAAUCGUUAAAUGACGUAAAUCUUAUCCGAAUGACGCUCAAAUGUGAGAGAAUUUGUUUAAGAAAACGUGCUCGGUUCUAAUGUCGAAGUCGUCCCACACCGGAAACCGUACAGUUGCCUCAUCCGGAGCAAAGAAGCACAGUGUUGUUAAGCAGAGAUGGGCGCGCGAGCACGAUUCUUAGAUUAUGCGCUAAGGGAGCAUAAUUGGCGAGCAUAAUCGUCUCGUGGGCGUUCACGGUGGGCGUCGGAUCCGAGCCGAAAGAAUCGUUGAGCGAAACAGGAAUUACGAAUGCAAAACGAGUGCGAGGAUUAAAGUACCACGGGAACGUGUUUGAUGAAUGGAAGAGCGUUGAAAUGAAAAACAUAGGAGCGUGAAGGAAAUUCGUUAAAGUGUAAAUAUAUGAUGAAUAUUAGGUACUAACGAAAACUAAUUGGAACAAAAUGGGGCGAUAUUUUCUACGAGAAACGUCGGAUCCGAGAAAAUUCGCCGAAAUUUAAGAGAAACUUGUAAAUAUUGCUCAGUGUAACGCGCACAUCGCUGAAACGCGCUUUUCGCUACAUCAAAAACAGAGCUAAAAGAGCAAUCCUUCGGAAUUUAAAAAAAUUUGCAUCGUUCCAAUGCAGCCAAAUUUCUUUCUACGUCAAACAAAUUCGAGCUGCGACGAUUUAUCAUCAAAUUUCUUUGAAUAUACAAAGGCCGAGUGAACGAUCGAAUAGAAUAAACUGACGAAUAAAAGUUAUUUUCUGCUUUUCAACGAUGCAAAUUCGGGGAAUUUAAAUCCCACGGUAAAUAGCUAAUUACCGAAAUCGAAGAAUAAGCGUAAACGACUAAAUAAUACAAUUGUUGCUGUUUUCGUUGUCGAAUUGUUGAUCGAAUCACACUCGACUUAAUGAUAGAACAAAAAAAAAAUCGAAUAAAAAACAACAUGCCCUCGCUAUACACACUAGAGUUGCCCAAAAGUUUAGCCCGUAGACCUCUGUACCAUAAUAUGUAUAGUGAAUUACUUAAUAUUCAGUGAAUUUAUUCAGUACGCGUGAGAUACGAGUAAACGAAGGGGAAAUAAAUAUUGAAAAAGGAAAAAAAACAGUUAAUAAAAUGUGUAAAGCAAAAUGAAGCAUUGACUGUGAAUCCAAAUGGUGAACUCGCUACGCCUCAUUUAAAUAUUAUAAACCAAUGAAAACUAUUGUACGAUUUGAAUGUCGAAACGAAACGAGAUUUUUGCAAAUUCGAAGCGAAAUUUCGAACUUGCAAAAAGGAGGAAGAAGAAGCGACUAUCACAGUUGAAGAGCCGCGCUAUAAACGCCUUUGUACAUACUUGCCUGAUGAUUAAAAAAACCACGAUCAUGUUGACCCGCUGCAA